AUGGCGGCGCCCAUGACAUUUCUGUCAGUAAAAUAAAUGUCUAUAACAUUCAGUAUGUAGAGAUAUGGAAGGUAAUAUUUACAAUGCAGUUUGGUUGACAGUUGUAGCAUGUCUAUGGGGAUCAACUAACCCUCUUAUAAAGAGAGGAAGCUCUGGUAUUGAACAUAUCAAUUCUUCAAAUGCUGUUUGCCAGUUUUUUAGUGAAAUCAAGUUCCUAAUAACAAACUGGAAGUACAUUGUACCAUUUUUAAUCAAUCAAAGUGGUUCUGUUGUCUAUUACUUGACACUAGCAUCUGCAGAUUUAACCCUGGCAGUACCAAUCACUAAUUCCCUUACGUUCAUCUUCACAACAAUAACUGGUAAGCUUUUGGGAGAGAAGUUCGGCAAUAAAGAUACGUAUAUUGGAAUGUUGUUCAUCGUGAUUGGUGUUACACUAUGUGUACUGGAUAAAGCACUGGCAAAUCAAGAGUAACGACAAUAUAUACAGUGAUUCAUUCUUGUCAAAAACAUGACCUAAGAAAAAUAUAUCUUGCAUUCAUGAAAAAAAAAAUAUCAAAGUGUGCUUUUUCAAUCUUUUGAUAACACAAUAUUUGCAUAAUAUGAUUAUGCAAAUAUAUUUAAAAUAUUCUUACUGGUCAUUGUAUGUUUUUCUAUUUCUCAUAAAUGUGAAAAUAACAUUGUCUCUUAACUUCUUGAAAGUCAUCAUAAAUAAUGGUAAAAUCUAGUGCCUGAUAAACAACAAAUUAUUAAUCAUAUUUAAUCUUUGAAUGAAAAAUAUUGAAAUAAAAAAGGCACUGUUAUAUGCAAGUCAAUAACAUACACAUGUACAUUGUAAGCUUAAAUAGAGUACAUGAUACUUCACAUUGAAUUAGAUACCAGACAUGAUUAGGAGUAUGUGCGAAUAAUGUUAAGAUCACCUUUUGAAAUAAAUAUGUGAUGAAUUGAUUGUGUUUUAAUGCUAUGUGGACUUUUUACUUAAUAAGUAAUAAUUUCAAACUGUUGAAUACCUAAUUUAGUCACCAAUUUUUUAAGCAAAUAUUAUGAAAUAUAAUGCACAUAUGGACAAGUUUAUACAUAUAAGCUGUAUUAUAAAUGCUUUCAUGUGAUGGAUAAAGCUUACUAUAUACUUUCACCUUCUUGCCCCUCUUGUUUUCUAUAUAGAUUGUAAACUGUCCCAAAUUUUCACAAGUACUAAAUUUAAUUUCAAAGUUUGAAGACGUGUCUAAUUUGUCGUACCUGUAAGUAUACUUAUGUGUAAACUAAUCCACUCUAUUAUUUUUAAGAUUUCAUGAAACAAAUAUUACUGUUUGCCAUAACAUUUUCAUUUUCCAAUAAAUUAUACUGUAUAAGGUUUAACAAGUUUCAAUAAAAUCAAAAGCAUUUGUAGA